ACUCUCAAAUCCCUAACCCCCUCGUCUUCGCUUCAUCCGACCCCGUCGAAGUUCGACUGCUGCCGCUGGCCAUUCGCCUUGCAGAAAGGGGAGUCGCUUUGGCUAUGUCAGAUGCUACUUUGGAUGUUGUUUAUGGUGCAAGGCCAAUUAGGAGCUUGCUAGAGAAGAGGGUGGUGGCCACCCGCACCGACGGAGACGCCGUCAAGGAGCUGGAUGAGAUGAAGAAGCGUCUGAAGGAGAUGGAGGAUGAGGCGGCAGCGCUCCGCGAGAUGCAGGCCAAGAUCGAGAAGGAGAUGGGAGGCAUUGCAGUUCUGCUAAAAAAUUUGAUGAAUGGUUUCAAAUUUCUGGAGAGAAUGAUCAGCAGGAGGUUGUUCAACAGCUUCAUAAGGUGCUUCGCCCGUAGUGUAAAACCCCGAAAUUUCAUAACGAGUUUUGUGUGA